UUCACAGACAACAAAAUAAUUUCGCGCGAUUACAGACUGCUAGAAGUUUCAUACUUGGUCGAUACCUAUAUAAUUUGCAGAUGUUUUUAACUAGGAAGAUUAACUAGUAAAAUGAGUGGCAAUCCUAAACUAAACACCUUGCUGCAGUACAGAUUUAUUAAGAAACCUGUAAACAAGAUCCAGUCAGACAACAGUGAUGAGGGAUCAGAAAACAGCCAAGAAAAUCAACCUUCAGACACUGUAGAAACAUGCAGUUCAACACCAACUCUAAAUGGGUCUUCCCAGACAACAGUACCAGAAACUCCAGAGAUUCCCACUAGUCCCUCAUCUCCAGUGUUUCAACAGAAAAGUAAAUUGGUCAAAAAGAAUGUGAUAGAAUCAGAUGAAGAGGUUGAGUCAUCUGGAAAUUGGUUGUCCAAAGAUCAAGGCAUCACGACAAAUGGCAAUGGUUGUCAAAGUACAAAGUCAGCUUCCAAAAGAAAACAGAAGUUAGAUGUUAGGAAUGAACUUAAUGAAUCUUCUGAUGAUGAAGAACUUGAUGGAGGACAGACAGACAAGGUCAGACAGAUAAAAGAUAUGUUCCCACAAGCCAGUACUAAAGAUGCUGUGGCUGUUCUCAGGGUAAAGUUAUGGAACACUGAAGAUGCUGUUGAUAUAUUUAUGUCGGGAAGAGUUCAAGAAACAUUAAAUCCACCAAUGAAGAAGAAGCGAGUGAUCAGAUUUAACAGUAGUGACUCAGAACAGUCAGCUCCUCCAAGGAAAAAGUGCCGUCGUGUUGAGUCUAGUGAUAGUGAAGACAUGGACAGUCAAUCGACUGUCUCAUAUUCUCAGACGGCAGACAGUCAAGCUACUUUGGAGUAUAACAUAGACAGCCAGGAAACAAUACCAGGUUCUCAGGAUCAAAAGGAGCAGAUUAAAUUCCUUGUGGAAGCUUAUCCUGAAAAAUCUAAAAAAUACUUGAGAAAAUUGUUAUCGAAGCAUAACUGGUCUAUAGAGGCUGCAACGGAAAAACUUGAACAAGCAGCUAAAAGGUCUACAGAUGAUUAUGCUGAUGCUUUAGAUGAUGAAGAUGACAAUUAUGAUAGUGAUGAAUGUGCAGACAGUGAAGACAGUAUUGAUGAAGAAGACACUGGACAGAGAGCUGUCAUUCUGGCAUUCUUUGACGAUGCUUCAUUAGAACAACUCAGCACCAUGCCUGGAGUAUCUAAAAGGAAAGCAGAGAUUAUAGAAGGAUUAAAACCAUUUAAAACAUGGGAUAAACUGGUUAAGAGUUUCACCACCACUAAAGGUUUAUCCUAUGAUGUGAUCCAUGGCUGUAAUGAGAUUAUCCGAGUCAGAAAUGUCGUGAUCAAACUGAUGGAGAAAUGUGAGAAAAUAUCUAAGAACAUGGAGAGCAUUGUCUCCUAUCUGACAAAUAAACAGGAUUUAGAAGACUCAGAUAAUGAUGAUAUACAGAUCAAAAAGCAACCAGGAAAUCUAAAUCCAAGUUAUCAGUUGAAACCUUUCCAGAUGGUUGGACUGAAUUGGUUAAGAAUUAUGCAUACCCAGCAUUUAAAUGGUAUCCUAGCAGAUGAAAUGGGUUUGGGUAAGACUAUACAGACAAUAGCAUUCCUGGCACAUCUGUUAGAGGAAGGAGAAAGGGGACCUCAUGUUAUUAUAGUACCAUCAUCUACAAUAGACAAUUGGUUGAGAGAGCUACAUACUUGGUGUCCAGAUUUAAAGCCCCUGAUUUAUUAUGGCUCUAUGGAUGACAGAAGAUCGGUCCGGCAGUCACUUCUAUAUGACAAUUAUGAUAACUACAAUGUAAUAAUCACUACAUACAAUAUGGCUACUGGCAAUGUUGAGGAUCGAUCUCUGUUUAAGAAGCUAGGCUUUCAUUAUGCUAUAUUUGAUGAAGGUCACAUGUUGAAAAAUAUGUCAUCCAUGAGAUAUCAAAAUCUAAUGAAAAUCAAUGCUGAAAGAAGACUGUUGCUUACAGGGACACCAUUACAGAAUAAUCUGCUAGAACUUAUGUCUCUGUUGAGUUUUGUCAUGCCAGAAAUAUUCUCUGGGAAGACGGAACAUCUCAAAAAGAUAUUUUCUAUGAUUACUAGAGCCGGUGAUGACAAAAGCAAGUAUAGUGCUGAGAGAAUAGCUCAAGCUAAACGUAUAAUGAAACCUUUUCUACUGAGACGUCUUAAAUCAGAGGUCCAGAAACAGUUGCCUAAGAAAUCAGAAGAAUUGAUCCGAUGUGAAAUGACCCAUGAACAAAAAAUAAGCUAUGACCAGACUGUGAAAACUUUUGCACAGAGACUUAAAGAGGAAGGGAAUGACAUGUUAAAAGGAGGCGGAGCAUCUAUAUUGAUGCAGCUACGCAAAAUAGCUAAUCAUCCCUUAUUACUACGGAAUCAUUUCAGUGAUGAUAAACUUAGAAAAAUGUCCAAAAUUAUUGCUAAGGAACCAUCACAUAUUGACAGAGGAGCUCUGCCACAACUGAUUUAUGAAGAUCUACAAGUUAUGCAUGAUUUUGAAAUUAUGAAUCUCAUCGACCAUUACAAGAGUUAUUUAGGACAAUUCCAGCUUGACCAAUCAGUAAUAGGAGCAUCUGGGAAAUUUAUCAAAUUAAAACAAUUAUUACAUGACCAAAAGGAAAAGGGAGAGAAAGUUCUUAUAUUUAGUCAGUUUACUAUGUUAAUGGACAUUAUGGAGAAAUUUUUAAAACAAGAGAAAUAUAAAUAUUUAAGAUUGGAUGGCCAGACACCUGUCACAGAAAGACAAGACUUAAUAGAUAAAUUCUCCAAUGAUGACAGUUUGUUUAUCUUUAUGCUGUCUACCCGAGCUGGAGGUAUGGGGAUUAAUCUAACAGCUGCCAGUACAGUUAUUCUGCAUGAUAUAGACUUCAAUCCAUAUAAUGACAAACAGGCAGAAGACAGGUGUCAUAGAGUUGGACAGACAAGAGAAGUUAGCAUCAUUAGACUAAUCAGUAAAGACACAGUAGAGGAAGCCAUGUUGAGAUGUGCACAGGAAAAAUUAAAACUAGAAAAGGACAUCACUACAGAUGAAGGCUCUGAGUCUGGCAGUUCUAAGGAUGUAGCCUCGUUGUUAAGACAAGCUCUGGCUGAUAGCAGUGUAUGAUGACAGUUUAUGUUAGGCCUAUUUGUAUAUUAGAACAAAUGAUGAAGUAUGAAUGUAGAUUAGAUAUAUAUACCAUAAUGAUUGUAAAAAUGUUUUGAAUGAAGUUAAAUAUGAAAUGUAACGAGAUCUUAAAGAAGGAUGAAGUAAAUACAGGACCAAUGUUUUAUGAAUGAAUUACUGAUGUUAAAUACUGUAACAAUUAAAAGAAAUUGAAGUAUUGCAUGAAAUAAUUACCUUCAUUAGUUAUUUAUAUCAUUGAUCAUGUCAUGUUUAUCCUGUAGAUUUUAAAUUUAAUGAAAGUAUGAGAUUGUCUGUAGUUUAAAGUGCAUGUAUAUAGUGGCCAAUCAUUUUCAACAUAAAAUUAUUAUCAUAUUAUAAAAAGAAAAAAUGAACAAUUGUUUUAGUUAAUAGAAUAUGUCUUAAAG